AUGGAGGAGGAGGAGGAAGAUGGCGCGCCUAUCCCUUCCUCUGCUCUGCUCGUCAACCGUUUCCAGCUCCUCGAACUCGUCGGUCGAGGGACGACCGGCGUCGUCCAUCGCGCGUUAGAUGUGCUCAAUAACAACGAAACCGUCGCCAUAAAGUUAGUGGAUUUGGAAGAGUGCGAGGACGACGUUUUGGACAUUCAGCGCGAAAUCAACGUGUUGGCGAACUGCGAUUCCCCGCACGUGACGAAAUAUUUAGGCUCGUGGUUGGUACCGAAAACGAGCACGUUAGCAAUUGCGAUGGAAUACAUGGGCGGGGGAUCGGUUCAGGAUUUAUGUCGAGAGACGCCGUUGGAUGAGCGAAUCGUUCGAGUGUUGAUGCGAGACGUGGUGAAAGCGUUGAAGUAUUUACACGAGGAAGGAAAAAUUCAUCGAGACGUGAAGUGCGCGAACAUUUUGUUGAACGAGAACGGGGAGGUGAGAUUGGCGGAUUUUGGGGUGUCCGGGCAGAUGACGCAAACGAUCGGGGCGAGAAGGAAGACGUUUGCCGGGACGCCGUUUUGGAUGGCUCCAGAGGUUAUUCAAUCGAGCGGAACCGGCGGGUUUGACGGACCGAGCGGGUACGACGAGAAAGCGGAUAUUUGGAGUCUAGGGAUAACGGCGAUUGAAGCCGCGACUGGGUCGGCGCCACACGCGCAUUUACAUCCCAUGCGAGCUCUGUUUGUAAUUCCGCAAUCGGCGCCGCCAGAGUUGCCGUAUACGGAAAACAACGAAGACAACGAAGAAGACGGAGGAGUGACGUAUAAUUUUUCGGAGGAGUUUAGAGAUUUCGUGAAACAGUGCGUGAAAAUGAACCCCGAGGAGAGGCCGAGUGCGGAAGAGUUGUUGAAGCAUCCGUUUUUAGAGGUUGGCGGUGUGAACGCCGCGGAAUCGGCGAGUAACGACGCGAGCACUAGUACUGUCGGGAACAAGACGAGUAACGGGGAAAGUAACAACGCGAGCGCGGAGGAGCGAGAGGAAGUGUCGACGAUAAUUGCAGAGGCGAAGAAUGGCGCGGUGAAUUCAGCAGAGAAGGUCCGACGACAGACGUCGAGUUUAGCGUCAGAGUUGACGGCACCGCCGCCGGACGCGUCGACGAAAGAGGAGAAGAAGGGUAAAACGCGGAGAAAAAAACCGCCGCCUCCGUUGCACUCGCCGCCGCGACCAGAUCGCGUGAACACCAAGAAGGUCGCAGAGAACGAAGAAAAUGACGUAGAAGUAGCAGAAGUAGAUAACAAGAAGAACAGCGCAGAAGAGAGAACAACACCGUCGGAGAACGGUUCAGAAGAAACGGCGACGACGCCGAGCACGCAAAAAGAAGCAGACGAGGACUUUGCGAGUAGUCCUCGGAGCUCGAAUCAUUCCACGAUGUCUGGCAGUCAAAAGUCAAGACCAGAAUCGUCGAUCGGGAACUCGAGUUGGGAUUUCGGUUCGGGUGCAUUAGGCCGACGGUACUCGAAGAAGUUGCAGGACCAACAAAAACAGAAAUCGCCGACGGCGAGUAACUCGAGUUUGGAUCCUCUCAGUCCAAAAUCGCGCUUCAAACUCGACGGGAAUGAAGCGCUUCCGAGAACGAGUUUGUUGUUGAAAAAUCACGUGGGAGACGCGCUUCGCGAUUUAAAAAUUCCGAAGCGUGAAGCCGAUGCUGUAUUUUCUGCGCUCGUGGGGAUGGAAAUUGCAGUCGCGGGAAGUAUCGAUGCAUUUUUUAACUCCGUUUACGAAAGAAGCGUAGCGAAGGAUGGAAACGAUGAUCACGCGUUGUCGAGGGAUAAAGAGCAGUCGUCGGAGAGAAGCGUCUUGGCAGAAUACUUACUCUCGCGUUGGCGAGACGAUUUGAUCAGAGAGGAGGUUGGGUAUUAUGAUUAA